AUGCUUACGAAAAGAACUGGAAGUAUGUUCCGCGCGCAAAAGCGACCAAAACAAGGGGAAAAUGGAAGAAGGCCGGCCAUAAGCCCUGUGCCCCGCUUUGCUGCCUUUUUCGUACUAAAUCCUCCGGGGCGCGGCCGUGUGGCUCCGUUUUCUGCCUUCGUCUCAUCCUAUCUGCCGCUGCCAUCGGUCUUCGCCCUCGCUCUGCGAGCGGCGCGGGGCGCGGGCUGUGAGAAACAGGAAGUGGGCAACGAGGAGCGGGGAAAGGGAAGUAGGCAGCGGGGGCCGGGCAAAGGGCUGCGAAGCGGGGGUUCUCAUCCAUUUGUAUCUGAAAGAAGACUUUUGAUUCACUCACAAAUCACAGUGAGUAUUGGUUACGUUAAAGACAAGUAA